CACAAGUGCCAAUGGCAGCCUCCAUCAAACAUCCUUACCAAGAAUUUGAGGCGAUUCUAAAAGAAAUUCUCACUGAAAAGAGAGAGAGGCGUAGUCUUUCAGGUGCACUCUCCAUAGAGGACUGUGAUUCGCUUUUGAAAGGAGAAGACUCUUCACAAGAUGGCAUUGAUUCCAAUGAAGAUUUUAAACUAGGAUAUCCUAGGUACCCCCUGUAUCGCCAAAUUGCUAAGGGUUUGGUGUACUGGAUGCGAAUUGGAAACCACCCAUCUACACUACACAAAGACGUCAAUUUACUUGAAGAAUCAAGGCUUAUUUCAAGCCAAGAUGGAGAGAGAGCUAAAGACUCUGUUCAGUUGUUGUUACAAAAUUUGAAUCAGUCAUGGGAAACUUUAGAUCGAUUAGAUAGAAAGUCCAAAAUUCAGGCUGUUGUGGAAUACUUAAGUACUAGAAUGCUACUGGAUUUACUGGGUGUGCGUCAUACUGCAGGUAGCAUUGAUGCAUUUCCACCAAACACUUGUUUACUUUAUGAAUCUUUUAACAGGCAUCACCACCCUAAGUCUUCUCUGACUGUAGGUGCUAGGGCACUUUCAAAACACUGCCAUCGCGACAUCACUAGUGCAUUUUGGGGGAUAUGCAGUGGUAGUGAGAUGGCUAAGAACAAGCAUGCACAGAGAAUCAUGGACAGAAUACUAAGUGACUUAUCAUGGCUAAACAUUCAUCUACUGCCACAUGAAGUUAAGGUGGUAGAAGUGAGGUGUUCAAAUGGAUAUGGUGCUCGUUGGACUUCAGAUGGGAAAGAGUUUAGGGGUUUUUUGGAGCCUCAAAUGGAAGAUGGCCAUUCAUUCAAAUGGAGACACUAAUAAAAUUAUUUAUGUAUUCUAAAGCAGUUCUUAAAUUCAUUACUGUGGUUCCGUUCCAUUUGGAUAGUCCAGUGUCAUGGGCGUAGCCAGGGGGAGGCCCCCCUUCUAGCAGCCAAAAAUACAGUAAAUGUAUGAGACAUUAUCUAAAAUACAGGAGAAAAUGCCCUGAAAGGGCCUUUUGGGCACCCUUCUAUUAGAAAUCCUGGCUACGCCGCUGAGUGUUUAGAUCGUUUGAGUUGAAUGACUUUUUUUCCUUCAGUUUAAGUGCAUUAGAUCAUAUAGAUAAUGAAUUUUGCGCUAUAUAAAUAAUAAAAUUAUUAAAAAUUAUGAUUAUAGUUUCAACAUAAAAGAGCCUUGAGCUGG